AUUUCUCGAUUUGCGUAUGAAAAGAGAGGAAGAAGUCAGGAAGAUAACGGUACGUGAUGUGGAGACUUUUCCCCCAUGUUUUCCAUGUUCGAAAUCAUCAAAUCAAAUAAAGCAACUGGACCCCUCUCUUGCUCACUGCUCUACUAGUUACCGUUCUGAAAUGUUGAACCGACAGUUAUCGUCGUCUUCGAAGAGCAGGAAUGAGAAGAAGAAGAAUAAGAAGAGCCCUAGAAGUCCCUUGAGGGAUCUCAACGGCAUUGACUGCGGCAGGAGAAGCACUUGCUCUAUCGCUUCUUCUUCGUCUUCGUCUAUGUCCGUCGUUGAGGUCUCCAGAGGUUGUCUUCGUUUCUUGUUACCCAAUUCUUCUGCUUCCAAAAAAACCCCUCUCGGUAGAUCCAAACCCAACAAAACCACUCCCAAAUCAGCCCCAAAUGCCAAGCCUUCAAACCCAUCUUUCUCUUUCAGAUCUACCAAACCCCUCAAGGAAAAUGCCCCAAAACCCAAAUCAGAAAAAGAGAAAAAGCUAACCAAAACGUCUCAUUUUUCGCAGAUUGGGAAGAAGAAACCCAGUUCAGAAGCUGCCCAAGAACCAAGGCUUGAUGAAUCAGGUGAGUCCUCUAAGAUCCUACAACUACCCGAUUCGAGUGUUUUUGUUGAAAAUUCUACCCCAGUUGGUAAAUUAGAAUGUGGGUCUGGUUUGGUUCAUGGAUUUGAUGAUAAGCUUGUGGAAGAGGAUUCAAACACCAAGACUGAUACUAAUAGAACGAAAACGCCCCCUGUUCAGGCCUCAGUGUCUCCAGAGAUUCAAUGCGGGCCACCGUCUAUGCUGCUGGUGUCGGCAGCAGCAACACCUGCUUGUUAUGGUGCCGGACAUAUUGUGUCUGGAGUGACUGACAGGAGAAAAUGCAGAGCUAAAGGGAUCCUAACCGUGGGGGAAACUGAUUCUAACUUUGCUAAAGCUAAUAUUUUUGACAAUUGCGAUGAUGUAGAAAUCUGUAGUAAACCUAGGGCGUCGUUGGUUCCUUUGCCUGCUGAAGCUUCAAUGCAUUGGCUCUUGUCUCCCUGUGAUGAGGAUCAAAAGAGUGAUGUUGAAAAUGGAUUGCACCAUCUUCGAAAAUCGUUUGGGUCUGCCGCUCUGCAAUGUAUCUCUUCACCUUCAUCAGGACACAGACUUCCUUGCAAGGGUCUUGAAAAUAGUAGUUCUACUAGUGCAAGUAGUAGGAGAAGAGCCGGAAUUACUUUGCUUUCUCCCAGUGGAAGCCCCGCGUAUCAUGGUACACCUAAUCGUGAGGCUCUUAUCUCACGAGAGAAGAGAAAACACAGAUACGAUCUUGCCAGGGAAGAUUCUCCAUUCUCCGUUGACUCUUUGGGUAAUGGGAACGUGAUUCAAACCCCACAGUCUGAUUUGAGCUCAGGUAGGCAUGUCAGAUUGUCUUGGUUAAAUUCACAUCAUCAACAAAACCAUGAUUUAGGAUCUGGAAUUGAUUCAUUGGAAGAGGUUCUUUUGAGGGCAAGCUUAUCCCCCAAGGCCCAGACAUCAAUUUGGGACUCACCUGGUUUAAAUUUCCAGAUCUCUGACUUGAUUUCACCCACCAAUUCCAUUGACCUUACACGAUACGCAAAAACAUGGGAUAACCGUGCUUCCUGCACCUCCAAUUCUAGUUUAGGUGAUAUGUCCCAGUAUCAUAUGAGAAUAUCAUGGAGGCAAGGACUGGUGAGUCGGAUUUUUGAGAUGGAUGAGUUUGAUUGCUGCAGAUGUUUGUCAGAUGAUGAGAAUGAUGCGAUUGAUUGCAGUUAUGGCAAAUUGAAAUGCAGUCCAAAUCAUGAGCUCAAUGUUAAUGUAGGGAGUGCUGCAGUUCAUGGCCAUGGUUUUGGCUCUUCUCAUGUUUUUGGACAUGAACCAAAAUCUGAUGGAGAACCAAAAGAAAAGUUUCCUGAGCAGCAACCAAAUCCUUGUGCAGAGUCCAUUUGCAUUGACGGAGGUGGACUAUUUGCUUCAGCAGAUUCAGAUUGGACGUUGUGUUACAAAAACCAGUUGUUUGAUUUGUAGCUGUCAACUUCUCAUUUCUUACUAUGUUUUAAAUUGUAAGUUCAUGGUCCCUCUAGUCAACAUGGUCUUUUUCAUUUGUGGUAUGGAGACUUCCUCUUCAGGACUCGCUCAUAUUGUGAUCUUCAGUAGCAUGUAGUAUUAUGGACCUAGUUUUUUUCCCCUCUGUUCUUGUUGUUCUUGUGAAUGAGUCUAGUCCUUUCUCUGAA